AUGUCUAAGCUCGAUGUUUUUUCAAACAUCACCAGCCUUGUUUCCCAGGAUCUGAAGGACGGCGGCGCGUUCAAGUAUGCGUCGUAUUUAGUUACAACCGUCCUUUUUUUCGCGGUAAUUUACAGCCAGCGCGACAGAUACCCUGACCUCCCCCGGUUGAACCCAAAGGGCCGUUGGGAAUUCGGAUGGGGAAAGCGGGUAACUCACUACAUGAACCACAGCGUUGAACUACUGGCCGAGGGUACGCGCCGGUUCGGCGACAAGCCUUACAAGCUGUUCACAGAUUUGGGAGAUGCUGUCAUCAUCCCGCCCAAGUACGCUGAUGAGCUUAAAGGCCACCGUGGAUUGAGCUUUUUGGAGAUGGCAGAAGAUAGUUUUCAUGGAUACGUCCCCGGCCUCGACGCUUUAGUUGCCCAACCCGCCACGGCAAAAGUCGUCAACAGCCAUUUAACCAAGGCUUUGAUGAAACUCACUGCGCCAUUGAUGGAAGAGGCUUCCCUGUCUUUGGAGGAACUUUUCGGCGAGUCAAAGGAAUGGCAUGAGACGACCGUCGACAAAAUAAUGGCCCUCGUUUCGCGCAUCUCCAGCCGCAUAUUCAUGGGCGAAGAACUUUGCAGGAGUAAAGAAUGGGUAGAGGCUUCGGGGGCGUGGGUCCAAGCUGCGUUUAAAGUCGUCUACGCGCUCAGGUUGUUCCCGCGAUCCUGGCGACCGUACGUACACUGGUUCCUCCCCGUUGCUCGGGACGCUCGGCGGAAGGUCAAAAUCUGUCGCGAAAUACUGCAACCACACAUCGAUGUCCGCCGUGUCGUCAAAGCCGAAGCUAUCGCCAAAGGCGAGCCGAACCCGUUUGACGAUUCCAUUGAAUGGUUUGAGCAAGAAUGCAAAACCAACUACGACCCGGCCACCUGCCAACUACAGCUCACUUUGCUCGCCAUCCAUACUACCACCGACUUGCUCGUUACGGCCUUGGUGGAUAUCGCUAAACAUCCCGAAAUAAUCGGCCCGUUGCGCGAGGAAAUAAUCAAUGUUUUGUCGACCGAAGGAUUAAAAAAGUCCGCUUUUCAAAAGCUUAGGCUUAUGGAUGCCGUCUUAAAGGAAUCCCAAAGGUUACGGCCUCUCAUGAUUUUGUUUUUCCGUCGCAAGGCCCUGGAGGAUAUCACGCUCUCCGACGGAUUUAAAAUCAAAAAAGGUACCGCCAUCGGCCUUGACGGGCCAUCACUCCUCUUCAACGAAAAUGAUUAUCCAGACGCGCUGCGCUGGGACCCCUACCGAUACAUUAAAAUGCGCGAAGCGGGCCAGGAAAGCAAGGCCCAUCUGGUCAGCGUCACGCCACAGCAUUUUGGGUUUGGUCACGGCAUCCACGCCUGCCCCGGCCGCUUUUUCGCCGCCAACGAACUCAAGAUUGCACUUGCUCAGAUACUACUAAAGUACGACAUCAAGGUGCCCAAGGACGUGGAAAGUCUACCCAAGUCCUUCACCGGGUCUAGUUACGUUAUACCACGUGGGACUAGGUUUUUGAUCAGAAGGCGCCAGGAGGAGCUGGACUUUAACACACUGGAAAUGUGA